AACCAGCGGCUACAUAGCGUACUUACCUACAAACUCCGAGAUCGCGAGCGAACUACCCAAGAGAGGGAACCUGACCACUGAGUGUUGAUGCAUAAUCUUGGAAUCAGGAGGAAGCCGGUCCUCUCAUCGAGGCCAGCUUCAUCGUUCCUUGGCCAAGACGGAGAUGACCAACUUCUGCUGGGCCCUGAGGGAAAUCCCGGUACCCCAAACGAUGCGUCUGGAGUCGAAAGUAUUGAGAUGCAAGGCAUACAUUCCAGCACGGCCUCCAGGAUGCAUAUAACUUCUUCGGCGCCACCUUACUUUUCGGUGAACCAGGAGGACUCCGAGUCGACUUUCAAUGCUCAGCAUGUCCAGGACCCUGGAUACGGCAUUCUGGCUGCGCAAUCAUCUACCCCAAUUACUGGUCAGGCUGCUCUGAAAUCCCUCGGUAUAGCCACGGUUUCCCCGGUCGCAGCUGCAGCUGGAAAGAGGACAUGGAAACCAUGGACGCUGAAAAUCUGGUUUCCUAUGAGCUUGUUCAUUAUCAUUCUGAUCUUGCUUGCGCUGAAUAUUCAUUUUGGGCGUCUAGCGCUUCGACCACAUCCGGACUACGAUGGAAAACCAACAGGAUUCUUAUCGGAGGAUGACGAAGACCUAGUGGAUCUCUCGGGCCAUGCUUACCGAAUAACUUUCUGUUACAUCUACUUGCCCAAUCUUCUUUCGACCUUCCUCCUUAGCAACUUGAUACAAAUCCUAGACAUCGAGGUCAAACGCAUCGAUCCAUUCCGCCUUCUUUCUCGACAAGAGGGAGCUACGGCUCAAGAGACAUUCUGCGCUGAACAUCUCACCAAAAACAUGUUCUCCGUGCUAUGGAGUACCAUACGAAGCCGCAAUAUCCCAGUCAUGGUUUCUCAUACACUCUACAUGCUAUGCUCCGUCGUUCUACCUUUACUCAGUGCGGCGUACUUCGAAAUCAUUCCUGUGGAGACGGCUCCUGAAAAAUGGACUAACGUUCCAGGCGCGGCUUUUAUCUGGGCUCCCCGUGUUAGCGUCCUCAUCUGUGUCAGCCUUGUAUUCGUUCUUAUGCUCACUUGCUUGGGGUACCUCAUAUGGUAUCUCCAUAUCCUCGACACGGCUCUGGAAUGUUCCCCUUAUUCCAUGCUAGGACUCGCAAGGUUAUCUCAGCUGGAAGAUUUUCGAAUUAACUGGCAGCGAGUCCCUCAGCAAGCUACACGAGAGGAGUUGUACCAGUCAUUUGGCUCUCAGAGAUACGCACUACGCCGCUUCUCUGACAGUAGCCCGCUGUUCUGUGUCUUACCGGACGGGCAGCUGGCGAAGACCCCGCAAUACCCAACCAAGAUUCGGACAUAUACUACUGGCGCACCGUACUGGAAGGAAGGCAAACCGUUGGUGUUCAAUAUGCCGGUUUUUGUUAUUUUCGCUGCUCUCGCUGUCGUCUGGAAAUUUAUCAGCGAUCAGUUUGACGGUUUAUCGCUCUCUAACCAACGUCUUAUUAAUUCCAUAGCCGGGUCGUUGAUUAGGAUGUUUCUGGACUAUUUUGACAGAGAACACCGGCUACUCGAGCCCCUACGCCUUAGCGGCUUAUACAAAACAUCAAGCACCCAGAACACCCUAGAGAUCAACAAGCGCUCUCCCCAGAAGCGCUUCCUUGCCGAUCCUUCCACCGAUUUCUCGAACCCAACGCCCAUCUGGUCCGCCUUCAAAUUCCUACGCACAAAACGCUACCAUUUAGCAGCUUCCUCUCUUUACCCUCUUCUAGCCGAUCUCUACGUUCUCCUCGUCACAACAACGGCAGCUCGCUACAGCCGCGAGAGUAAUGACACCGAGCAGGUCCUUACGGAAAUGCUCGAUGCGACUACAGAAACUCGCUCACGCUACAACAUCUUCUUCAUCAUCUUCGUUGGUGUCUUCGCGGUUUUUGAGGUGGCCAAGAGCUAUAGCCCUGUUAGGAUGAGGGUGCCUAGGCAUCCGUGUUCUUUAGCGGCGAAAAUCUCGUAUAUUUGCUCGAGCGAGACUCUGCUGAGAGAUGCGGCAGGGGAACAGAGACUGAAGGAUGAGAGUGGAAGGUUGUUAAAGUACGGCCCAGGUUGGUUUGUUUCAGCCAAUGGCAAAUGCGAGGUGAGGUAUGAUGCGGCACAGAAUGCGGUGGCAGUGUAUCACGGCUCGUACCCUGUCCCCCAAGCAGGAAUUCCGAGGCAGGUAUAAAGGAAUUUUGGAUUGUCGAGACAUGUUCUUGAAGAAUAGUGGAGUGAGUUCUAGGCUGAAUUCACCAGAUCCGGCGGAUACCUGCGGCUACCCGAACACGACCUGUGAACAGGCUUCCUGCAGCGUUUCGCC